AUGGAUGUAAAUGGUCCCAAGCGCAUGGAACCCCACAGGCCGCUUGACCUGAACCCUCGCUCAACCCCAGUACACAAGAAUCUGCUACAAGAACCCUGCGGUGUGGUUGGUAACAAGCUGCCAACAAAGAUGAGCUCUGUGGUCAUCGACAUGGGUUCUGGCACAUGUAAGAUGGGCUUCGCAGGACAGACUCUGCCCAGCUACAUCGUGGCCAGUGUCGUGGGCUACCAGCCCAAGAAACAAAUCACAAUGGGGCAGCCCAAGGUGGACACUUUUAUUGGUGAGGCAGCCCAGGCUAGCCAGGAGUUAACCCUGAUGCAACCUGUUCGUAAUGGUAUUGUGGUGAACUGGGAAGCAGCUGAGAUCAUCUGGCGCCACAUCCUGGAGAACGACCUCCGAGUUGCUACCCAGGACCAUCCUCUGCUGUUCACGGACCCGCCCUUCAACCCUGCAAGCAACCGCGAGAAGCUGGUGGAAGUAGCCUUCGAGUCUCUGCACUCCCCUGCCAUAUAUGUGGCCUCCCAAUCCGUGCUGUCAGUCUAUGCCAAUGGGCGCGUUAAUGGGCUGGUGGUAGACACUGGCCACGGGGUCAGCUACACAGUGCCAGUCUUCCAAGGCUACAACCUACCCAGUGGCAUCCAGCGCCUUGACCUGGCUGGCCACUACUUGACUACCUUCCUGGCAGAGAAAAUCUUGAGAUCUAGCUUGCCACUGAAGAAGGAAGACAUGGACACAAUGGAGAGUAUCAAGCAUCAAUACUGCUAUGUGGCCUCAGAUUUCCAGAAGGAGCAAGGGCGCCCUGAUGACAAAUUGCGGCGGUGCCUGAAGCUGCCAGAUGGACAGAUGAUCACAGUGGGGAAGGAGCUCUUCCAGUGUCCUGAACUACUAUUCCAUCCCCCGGAGACCUCGGGACCUUCAUCUUUGGGCCUCCCCAGGAUGGUGGAACAGAGCCUCUGCACGGUGCCGCAGGAUCUGCAGGCCGAAAUGGAACAAAAUGUGCUGCUGUGUGGAGGCUCCUCUCUCUUCUCUGGCUUCGAAAGUCGCUUCAAGGCUGAGCUGCUGCAGCGUCUUAGUCCAGACGCCUAUGUGGUUGUGGCUGCCCAACCCAAUAGGAACCUCUCAGUCUGGACUGGGGGAUCCAUUCUAGCCUCACUGUGUGCCUUCCAGUCCCGCUGGAUCCAGCGUGAGCAGUACGAGGAACAAGGUCCCGAUAUAGUGCACCGCAAGUGCUCUUGA